CAAUAUAAAGUGUAUUCAAUGUAUAAACAAGAUCUAGAUAAAGAUGAAAGAUUAAGACAAGAAAAGGUUUUUUUUUCUAAGAAAGAAGUGAACAAAAAGAAUUUGAACCUGAUGGAUCAAAUUAUAUCUAAUGAGAUGCAAACAGGAAAUAAGUUUAAUGCGGACAAAAAAAGGAUAAAAAGACAUUAUCUACAUAAGAAAAACAAUAUUAGUAUUAUGAAAGACCAGAAUAAGGUAGAAAAGUUUAAGAAAAAAUCAAAAGCAGAGAAAAUUUUAAAUAAAAAGGUAAAGAAAGGAUAUGGUUUUUGUGAAAAAGAAGAGGAUGGUGUUUCAAAAAAUAAUGAAAAGAAAAAUAAGCAAAAAGAUUUUAUAGAAAAAUUGGAGACAGAUUUAACGGUUUCCACAGCAACUGAUAAGGAAGUAUUUUGUUAUCAAAAGAAAUUGACGUUUGAACCUAAAAUUGAAUGGCAUUUAGAAGAGCUUCCUAUUAUUUCAAGUGUAAAGAUUGGGGAUAGUUUGGCAGAAAAAUUAUAUAUACAAGCAAAAAAAUAUCACGAGAUCGAAGAGGAAAAAUAUGUCAGAUUUUCACACAAGUCAUCUUCAAAUAAGCAUUUUUUUGAUAAUAUUAUGAAGUUUGGAACAUUAAGUGAUAGAAUAAGUGCAUUGACAUUAUCAAUACAAGAAUCUCCAUUACAUUCAUCGAAAAAAAUGAGAAUGUUGUUGAAUAUGACAAAAAAAAAGAGUAGAACAGAAUCUUUACAAAGCGUUGAAGCGUUAAAAGAUCUUUUUAUAUCGACAGUAUUGCCGAAUCGAAAAUUAAAAUAUUUUAAACAACAAGAAUCUCUUGGUUCUAAGGAUGUGACUAAAAAACAUUUAAUUUUGUGGGCAUUUGAAGAUUUUUUAAAGUAUUAUUAUUUCGAAUAUUUGCAGGUUAUUGAAAGCCUUUUGAAAAAUUCUUUAUCUUUUUUACGAGAACGUAUGGUGGUUUGUGUAUUCGAAUUGAUUAGAGAAAAACCGGAACAAGAACAAAAUUUACUAAAACUUUUGGUAAAUAAAUUAGGUGAUCCAGAAAAGAAAGUUGCAUCGAAAACAUCGUAUUGUAUUUUGAAAUUGACUAUAGUACAUCCUGCUAUGAAAGAAGUUAUUAUAUCUGAAAUUGAACAAUUCCUUUUUUGUCCUUCAACAUCACGACAUGCACAAUAUUACGCAAUAAUUACUCUUAAUCAGAUGGUUUUAUCAAAAAAAACGAAUAUUGCGACAUAUUUGAUUAAUAUUUAUUUUUUAUUUUUUACUAAACUUACAAAAUUAUUACAAAAUGAAAAUGCUACAAAAAAAGUGAAAUCAUAUAAAAUUCCUUGGAAAACGAAGGAUAUUUUAAAGAAAAAUAAAAGCGAUAAUGAUAUAUAUGAAAAAGAAAUAAAUUCUAAACUAGUUUUGGCUAUUAUAUCUGGAAUAAAUAGAGCAUUUCCUUUUUCAAAAAUUGAUGAUGGAGUAUUUGAGAGUCAUGUAAAUUCUUUAUUUGUUAUUGUGCAUGGUAUUAAUUUUAAUACUUCUAUUCAGGCAUUAAUCUUGAUUUUUCAGAUAUCAAGAUUUAAACAAACUAUUCUCGACAGAUUUUAUAAAACUUUAUAUGAAUCAAUUCAAGAUUUUAGAUUAUUUAAUUCAUCUAAACAGAUUAUGUAUCUUAAUCUUCUUUUUAAAGCUAUCAAAGCGGAUACAGAUAAGACGAGAGUAAAAUCCUUUGUAAAAAGGUUAAUUCAGUACUCUAAUAUGCAUCAAAUAACAUUUAUAUGUGGAAUAAUGAUUUUGCUUAAUGAGCUUGAGAAAAUUCAUCCAGAAAUAAAAUCUUUAUACAAUAGAUAUGAAAAAGUUUAUAAUAAAAAAAGAAACAGUCUUAUUAAUAUCUUGAACGGAGACAAAAAUGUAUUAUCUGUAAAAAACAACAAUGUAUCAAUUUUGCAAGACAGUUUAAACAAGUAUGAUGGUUAUAAACGAGAUCCUCGUUAUAGUAAUGCAGAUAAUUCUUAUUUAUGGGAAUUGAUUCCUUUUCUUAAUCAUUUCCAUCCAACCAUAUCCUCAUUUGCAAAGUCAUUAUUAUAUGGUUACCGAAUAUCAUCAAAACCUAACCUUUCGUUAUUUACACUUUCACAUUUUUUGAAUAAGUUCGUCUACAAAAAUCCUAAAACUAAAAUUAUAUUUCGAGGAAAUUCUAUUAUGCAGCCAAUAUCUAAGCAAAAUAGAAACAUGUUUUUUUUAACUAAAUCAGAUACAUUUUCACAUAGCCCUUUAAAUAAAGAAUCUUUUGUUAAGCAGAAGAUUGAUCAAGUUUCUCCUGAUGAGAUUUUUUAUUUCAGGUAUUUUUCUCAAAAACAGAUUAUAAAUGAUAGAAAAAAGUCAACUAAAGCAAAGGUUACUUCUUCCGACAAUGAAAGUAAUGUUUUUGAAGAUUCAGAAAGUAUAGAAGAUAUUUCAGAUGAAAAUUUAAGUGAAGAUACUUAUGAUCAAAGUGAUAUAGGUGAUGAAGGAUAUGAUGAAAACGAUAUUGACUUUAAUGAAUCUGAAAAUGAUUUAGUUGAUGAUGAAUUUAUAGAUAAGGAAUUAUCAACUAUUUCAAUUGGAUCGAAGCGUAAAUUAAAUGAAAAAUCAAAUUAUGUUAAAGGAAAAAAAUUAAAGCAAUUGCCUGUUUUUGCAUCUGUUAAUGAAUAUUCCGCCAUGUUAGAAAGUUGA